AACAGCUCGGUCAGAGUGACAGCAACGGCGAGGCAAGGGACACAAAGACACACUGUUCGAAGGUUCUUCAAGCAAAGUUGAUCGCCACCCUGACAAUCUUAUGAGAAGCUUUCCAUAUCUCCUUGUCUUGACCUUCCUUCUCCCCUUGCUCCUCAGUAUCUUACUCUUACAUCCCUAUCUCCUUGCACAGUUCAUGCAGGCUUGGCGAAGUCGUCCAGCACUUCUACCCGCAAGAAUCGCACGCAUGGCAAAUCACUUCAGCAGCAACGGCGCCGAUGGCGGGCAUCAACAAUCUUUCAGCAUACGCGAUUUGCCCAAGAGUAACAACUUCACACAGAAGCUGCCGCCGGACCCACAGUACCCGACGCCGGCAUCUUCACACAAAGCGGAACGAUCGAAGCUCGGCCCACGGCUAGUAAGGGAAGCGGCGUACACAUACGUCCGGCCGGACUCCUUCCCGAAGACGGAGCUGGUGGGCGUCUCAAAGGCGGCGCUGAGAGAUCUGGCCAUCGACCCAGCGAGCGUGGAGACCGAUGACUUCAAGGACACUGUUGCCGGCAAGAAGAUCAUCACCCUCCAAGGCGACGAACCUAACGAUACCGACAUCUACCCGUGGGCGCAAUGCUACGGCGGCUACCAAUUUGGUCAAUGGGCUGGUCAGCUUGGCGACGGCCGCGCCAUCUCGCUGUUCGAGACGACCAACCCAACUAGUCACACACGGUACGAGUUACAGCUGAAAGGUGCCGGCAAGACACCAUACUCCCGUUUUGCCGACGGUCGAGCAGUGGUGAGAAGCAGCAUACGCGAGUUCGUGGUUAGUGAGGCGCUUAACGCGCUCGGCAUUCCUUCCACGCGCGCAUUAAGCCUGACGCUUGCGCCUGAAGCGCGCGUUCGUCGAGAGACCACCGAGCCAGGAGCGAUCGUUGCGCGAUUCGCACAGUCAUGGCUGCGCUUCGGCACCUUCGACCUGCCGCGUUCACGAGGCGAUAGAGCCAUGAUCCGCAAGCUAGCAGACUACGCUGCGGAAGAAGUCUUCGGAGGCUGGGACAAGCUGCCCGGUAAGACCGGAUCCGAUGACCUUGUCGAACCAGGCACUAGCGUUUCACGAGACGAGCUACAAGGCGAGAACGAGCACCAACAAAAUCGCUACACCCGCCUAUACCGCGAGAUUGCCCGCCGCAACGCCCGCAUGGUUGCCUAUUGGCAAGCCUACGCCUUCACCAACGGCGUGCUCAACACGGACAAUACCUCCAUCUUCGGCCUGUCCAUCGACUUCGGACCCUUCGCUUUCCUCGACAACUUCGAUCCAAAUUACACGCCCAACCACGAUGAUCACAUGCUGCGGUACGCGUACAAGAACCAGCCAAGCAUCAUCUGGUGGAACCUCGUGCGACUUGGCGAAGCGUUGGGUGAGCUGAUCGGUGCUGGUGACAGGGUAGACGAGAAGGAGUUUGUGGAGGAGGGUGUGAGUAAGGACUGGGCUGACGAGCUCGUUAAGAGAGCCGAGACACUCAUCGAAGCGACGGGUGAGGAGUACAAAGCUGUGUUCAUGGAUGAGUAUAAGCGCCUCAUGACUGCGCGGUUGGGGCUGAAGCAGUGCAAAUCCGAAGACUUCGAGAGUCUCUACUCAGACCUGCUCGACACGAUGGAAGCUCUUGAGCUCGACUUCAAUCACACUUUCCGUCGGCUAAGCUAUAUCAGCUUCGAAGAGAUCGACACGGACGAGAAGCGGAAGGAAGUUGCCGGUCGCUUCUUCCACCAUGAAGGACUUAGCGGUCUCGUAGGGUCUGAAGAGGACGCGCGCGCACGAGUCGCCAAGUGGCUGGAGAAGUGGCGGGCUAGGGUAGUUGAGGACUGGCCAAACAGCACCGAAGCGAAGGAGGAGCGCUUCAGAGCUAUGCGUGCGGUGAAUCCGAAGUUCAUUCCGAGGUCUUGGAUUCUGGAUGAACUGAUUGAGCGGGUUGAGAAGAAGGGUGAGAGGGAGAUCUUGGGCCAUGUCAUGGAUAUGGCGCUUAAUCCAUUCCAGGAGUCUUGGGGUUGGAGCAAGGAGGAGGAGGAACGGUUUUGUGGCGAUGUGCCAAAGUAUCAGAGGGCUAUGCAGUGUUCUUGCAGCUCGUAGAAAUUAAAUACUAAUGACAUUGGAAGCACAUUCUGCCGUUGAGCCGUAGUCCAAGGGGCCAAGUUUGGCUUGGAAGCUUGGUCCUCAGCACCCACCGCCUCCGCCUCCACCUCCUCCACCUCCACCACCACUACUGGCUCCGGCGGCAGCAGCUGCAAUCCCACCGGCACCACCAGCAAGGCCACCGCGGCCGCGGCGGCGUCGACGACGUGGAGGAACAGCAUCGGGCACAGC